AUGGAUGACGGCGACUUUUGUCGCGUUUGCCGGUGUGAAGGUUCACCUUCACAGCCUCUUUUCUAUCCUUGCUUAUGUACUGGAAGUAUCAAAUAUGUUCAUCAAGAUUGUUUAGUGCAGUGGUUGCAAUAUAGCAAGCGUCAGGCCUGUGAGCUCUGCAAUCAUCGUUUUACCUUCAAACCAGUCUACGCCCCUCAUACUCCCCCUGUUGUACCUUUGCGAGUUCUAUUCUUUGGCAUCCUAACCGCCUUCCGAAAUAUUGUGGUGCGGUUCUUCCACCUCCUUGCUGUCGCCUUCUCAUGGCUCUUUGUGGUUCCUCUCACUGUUUGUCGUAUUUACCGGUGUUUCUUCUCAGGAAAUGUUGUCGAACUGCUUUCGCUGCCCCUGGAUAUUUUUACUACUGAACAUGUCGUCCAAGACUGUAUACAAGGGUUCAUGAUCGUCUUAGUGGCUCUCACCGCCCUCUUUGGCUGCGUAUGGCUGAGGGAGCAGUUGGUGAUUGGUGGUGAACCGGAAUGGCUGACGGCUGCUGCCGGCGGUAGUGGCGAAGAUUCAGUAGGGGGGGAGGAGGAGGAGGAAGACCAGGAAGAGACAAAUCAAGCGAAUCAAGUCGUUGCUGUGGCAACCAACGGGCAAGCUUCUGCACCCUCCACGCCUGCAACGCCUUCGAGUUCUAAUGGAAGUCCAUCUUCCUCUGACUCACUGGGUGCAACACAAGAAUUGGAUCAACGGAGAGGUAGGUCAGAGAAUCCGAACGAAGGUCAAGCAGAAGAUCAUGCUAAUAAUGCUGAAAUUCCCCAAGCACAGCCUCAACAAGGUGCUGAGGGGGAAGCUGUUGGCGCUGCCAAUAACAAUAACAACAACAACGAAGCUGACUUUGAUGCUGCAGCGGCUGUGCCCCCUCUCACACUGGAGCGCAUUUUCGGUUUGGAUGGAACUAUGACUUUCCUUGAACACGUUCUCUGGAUCAUUGUUCUAAAUGUCCUCUUCAUUCUCAUUUUUGCAUCCCUUCCUUUCUUUGCUGGACGUGCAGUUUUUUCUCUACUGGGUAUUAAAACUGCGAUUCUCACUUCACAAAUUGAACUGAUUUUAUUCUCCUUCAUUGGAUACGUAAUGAUGGCUAGUUUUCUCAUGUUCCUCUUCUACUUAUUCAAGGCCCUUAAAUUACCCAGAUCUGCGUCCUAUUACAUGGGCUUGUGCUACAUCUACAUCAAAGUCCCCAUCAUAGCCUUUGUUGAAUUGGGCAUCUUCACCGCAUUCUGCGGCUUAUGGAUUGAUGCCUGUUCUCUGGGUAUGUUUAAUGCAUCAGUAGCUCAACGUCUCAGAGCUUUCAACUAUGCCCCACUGAUAUUCAGUUUCGUCCACUGGACCAUGGGCCUGAUGUACCUCUUCUAUGUAUCCUCUCUCUUCAUCAUUAUUCGGGAAGUGGUUCGACCGGGUGUUCUUUGGUUCCUUCCUGACUUCACGGAUCCUGAUUAUAGACCUGUUCAAGAGACGAUUACGCUGCCCGUGACAACGUACAUCCAGCGUCUUGUUGUGAACCUUUCCUUGACGGGAAUAAUUGUGAUAUUGACUAUCUGGAUUCCAACCAUGAUAACAAUCAAAGUGCUGCCCGGAUUCUUACCAUUCCAGAUGAGCCUUGCCUAUGACAGUCCAGUGGACUACUCAGUGGAAAUAAUAAUCCUUCAAAUUGUGAUGCCCUUCCUCCUGGACAGUCAAGUCAAGAUGUUCAUCACGGCUCUGCUUCGAAAGUGGUGUAUUGCUUCGGCAUGGUUGUUGGGUAUUCGCAGCUAUCUCCUCGGGGAUGUUAGCUUCAAACCUGGUGAUGAAGUUAUGAUGGCUGACGGGCCUAGGAUUCAAACAGCUGAUCCAAACACCAGUACUUCGGAAGGCAAUUCAAGCAAUGACAGUGGAACCUGGAAUGCAGGCGAUGACAACAAUGCUGAACAAGAUAGCACUUUUACCCCGAGUUACGUUCCCUACGCUCGACCUCGUUUCUUCGCUCUCCGUCUGGUUGGUCUUCUGGCUGUUCUAGUGGCCUCACUAGUUCUCAUCUCCCUCUCUAUUCUUGUGGUUCCAGUUGCUCUUGGUCGAUUAGUUCUGGGUCACAUGGGGCUAAUUCAGUCACCUCACCACGACGCCUUAACUCUCUUGGUUGGAGUUUGUGCUCUUAUGGGCUGGGCGAAGACUGUUCUCUGGUUACCCAUGGCUCUACAAUCUCUUCGUAAUCUCUGGUUCUUAUGUGUGGAGAAGAUAGCUUAUUUCACCACAUGGGAAGGCUGGCACUGGCUUUCUGAAUGGAUAUUGGGUGUUGGGGAGUGGCUUCGUGGAAAUUCCUUUACUCCACGUUGGACACGUAGGGAGGCCCUUGCUAUGAUGCUUCCUCCGCUUUCGAAUUCUGACAACUCAGAGGCUCUGGCUCAACAACGCAGAAGAAUACUGAAAGAAGUUUUGGUCACCUUGUCUGUGCCUCUGCGCAUUAUGGUUCUCAUUGGUGUUCUUAUUAUUCUGCUGCCUGCUGCGCUUGGCCUCCUUGUCAACUUAGUUGUAUUUAUCCCCAUUUGGAUUGCACCAGAGAAGACACUGGCUAUUGGAAUCUCUGAGAGUUGGAUAUUCGGUGUCAUGCACCUAAAAGUGUGGAUGCUAAUUUUGCUGGUUGGACCUCGCUGGCAUAUGCGCGACAGACUGGAGGAUAUCCACAACGAGAUUCAACAUCACUGGCCCAUGGUGAAUGUCCUUCGAGUGUUAAAGCUAUCGCUUCCCCUAUUUGCAGGUCUUGGAUUGUCUUUAACUUUCCCCUAUCUUCUGGCUUACUAUGUUGGACCUCUUCUAAAUGUUCGGUCAGAGAUUGCAUUCCGUUACGUCUAUCCUCUGAUCUUUGGUAUAGUUCUUCUCGGUGCCUUUGUCUACUGGCAAAUAUGUCAGUGCAUCAAACUCUACGAGCAGAUCAAAGAUGCCGAAUACCUCAUCGGUCGCAGAUUGGUUAAUUAUGGGGACUCAGACAAUGGUUCCUCAAGUAGUAAUGGGUCAAGCUGCUCUGAGAUGGGAACUCAAACCGAUUUCGGAGGGGUUGAAAAUAGGUCGAUGUUACCAGCAAUCGCAACAUGA